CGAAAGAAGAUCCAGAGAAACAGGUGGAAAAGGGAUGGGCUGCAAAAAAAAAAAAACCUGAAAAGAAAAACCCCAAUUAUAUCUUGAAUGAAUAAAGAUAGUGGAUUUCUGUUUAUGGAAGAAGUAAACAGGACAACACAAAUCAAGUUCAAGAGGGUCUGAAGUCAGUGAUGAAGGAGAGGAAAUCGAGACAGAGGGGAAGAGGAGGGGGACUGAGAGAAAACCAGCGUUGCCUUUUCUGGUAGUUGAAGUCGCUAAAAGAACAACCAGGAAUUUUUGGGCUGCAGUAGGACUGAGAUAUAAACCAGACUGUAGAAGCUAAUCCAUGCAAAGAAAGCAGACAGUAAUGUCUAUGGACUAAACCCAGCUGCUGCUGCGUGAGAAAAUCGUAAAUUUAAGCCAACAUGGAUGACGACUUUGACCGCCGCAUGGAGCUGAGGAGGCAGAGGAGGGAGCAGAUGCGUCUUGAAGCUGACAGGUCUGGUUUCACCAAUGAAGAUGAAGAGGAGGACGCAUUGGAGCAAAGGAGACGCGCAAGGGAGGAAAGGAAGAAGAUGAGAGACUUAGAGGAGUCUGGUGGAACUGAUGUAAACAAUACCAACAGCUUGCCAGAGAUCAACUCCACGGAUAAUGCUGGUGCUGAUGAUGACCAGGCUCUGCUGGAGCGCCUGGCCAAAAGGGAGGAGCGCCGUCAGAAGAGAAUGAAGGAAGCUUUGGAGAGACAGAAAGAACUGGAACCUACAGUCGGCACCCCCAAUGGCACAGACGGCACGCAGGAUGAGCAGUCCUCCUUUACUAACGGCAACACACAGCAGGAUGCUGAGGAUGCAGACGGGAAAAAGAAGUCUGUUCAGGAGGAGGUGGCAAAAACAGAUACAAACUCCUGGAGUAGGCAGGGAGAUGAGAAAAAAGAGGAUGGGAAGAAUUCUGAAGAAUCAAGCACAACACUCCCCCACAAUGAGAAGGAUGCUAACAGUACGGCUGAAGCGACAGAGGCGGAGCCUGAACAGCUGAAGUCAGAAACUAAGAAGGCUGAGGAAAAACCUGCACCUGAUGUCCAUAAUGAGGAGAAAGAAAGGAGCAAAGAAGAAGAAAAGGAAAAACAGCAAAAGGAAAUGGAAGAAAAACUACGGCAAGAAGAGGAAGAGGAGGAGCAGCAAAAAAUAAGAAUGGAAGAACAGCUCAAAAAGGAAGAGGAAGAAAGGCAACAAAGUGAAGAGAAUGAGAGGAAGAGGAGGGAAGAAGACGAGAGACAACAAAUGGAAAAGGAGGAGAAGCUUAUAGAGGAGAAAGAAGAGAAACAAAGUAAAGAGAUGGAGGAGAGAAUAAAAAAAGAGGAAGAGGAGGAGAGAGAAAGACAAAGAAGAGAACAGGAAGAAGAACAGAAGAGGGAAAUUGAAAGACUAAAACAGGAGGAAGAGGAAAAAUUGGCGGAGAAAAAUAAAAAGAGGGAAGUGGAAGAGAUGAAAAAGAAAGAGGAGGCUGCAAAACCAAAGACAUUUGGCUUCAAGGAAAAGGCUGAUACUGUCCAAAAGAAUGGCGCUGUGGCUGAGAAUAAGUUUAGGAAAACAGAAAAACCUUUUAGAGACAACCCUCCCUUCACAAAAGCUGAUGAUGAGGAGCGGCGAGAGGCUGAAAGUAAGCUGCAGGAGCUGAAACAACGGCGAAACAACACGGAAAGCGCUGAAUUUGAGAAGAUGAAGCAAAAGCAGCAGGACGCAGAGGCCCAGCUGGAGGAGCUGAAAAGGAAGAGGGAAGAGAGGAGAAAGAUCCUUGAGGAGGAGGAGAGGCAGAGGAAGCAGGCGCAAGAGGAAAAGAAGGCCAAAGAGCAGGAGGAGAGAAAAAGAAUGAAGGAAGAGAUCGAGAAAAGGAGAGCAGAGGCGGCAGAAAAGAAGAAACAAAUGGAGGAGGACUCUUCAAAACCUUCUUUCACCAUCCGCCCAAAAGGCUCCUCAAAGAUUGGAGAGAAGGCUGAGUUUUUGAGCAAAUCUGUUCAAAAAAACUCCACAGCCAGAGUGUCACACACCCCAAUCGUCUCCAGGGUGGGUAACAGACUGGAACAGUUUACUUCUGCCAUCCAGGGAAACAAAGAAGUAAAAAACCCCAAGUCUCCGUUGGUGGACAUUCCUGCAGGAGGCACCCGCAGCAUCAAAAACAUGUGGGAGAAAGGAAACGUCAGCAGUUCCUCUGAAAGUCCAGCUCCUGUAAACAAGGAUGAGGCGGGAAGUAAGAGAGAUACAGCAGGACGCCUCAACAGCAAGACUGGAAAGCCCGGAGAUGCACAAAAGGCAGCAGCAGCAGGCCCUGCAGCAGCGGGAGCGGCACCCCCAGCCGCAGCAGCAGGAGCAAAACAGCUAGACACUAAACAAGGUGACAUUGGGAGUAAACGGGGCAUGUGGGAAACCAAAAGGAGCUCGACUCCUGGAAAGACGGCUGUUGGAAGCAAGGCCAAGCUCUUUGCAAAUACUAUUGUGAGACCCUGAUAUCCAACCUGACCUUCCAGUUGACAUUCGUCUGUACAAACAGGGUUUGAACGACUGCAUCCAUUCCUGAACUUCACGUGUGUCACACCAGGAGGGGCCAGACCGAGUGACACCUCAUGAAUCACACGCCAACUUCAUGCUUAGGCAUCCCUCUGCUUAACUCUAAAAGUAAAGCAUUUUGAUGUGGCAAAAUGAGUUCCCCUCCUGCUGUUAGUCAUCCCAGGAUUAAAAAAUGUGUUUUUCCUUCUUCUCACUGCUUGUUUUUUUAUAUCUUUUUCCCGAAAUUGUUUUUGAAUAUUUAAAAUAGUAAAAUCAUGACUGACUGAAGAAAAAGAAUAACUAAAUAAACCUAAAAAAAACUUAAAAUAAAAUAAAUGUGUUUAACGUUUGGACUUGCAAUUAAAAGACAUAUUUGAUGCUUAAUCUUUUGACCUUAUACAUUGUGCAUUCUGAAAGUUUAAAUAAAAGCUUUAACAAAUUACUUAGUUCUUUUAGAAAAUGUACAUUAGUCUCUUUGUUUUCCUAAUUUGACAUUAUCAGGCAAGAAGGUGUUUAAAAUUUGGUGUUUUUUUAUGUAAUUACUAAUUUUUUUAGCUUUAUUCUAAUGCUCAUUUUGACAAAAUUAUGACUCAGUUGAGUAACUUUGCGAACCUGCUCUAAAGCUUUUGUUCUGCCAAGUCACUGCAGUAACUUUUAUUAAGGCUUGUGUUAAUCUAAGGAUUCACUUGUGUUUUAUUGAAAAUAUUAACAAAAAUCAGUUCCUUCAAGAUUUGUGAGUGACUGAAUUACAACUUUUAUGGUUAAAAUAAGUUAACAGUUAUCAUUAUUUUUGCUUAACUUUGUUUUGAAAUGGGAUGUGAUGCAUAGAUCCAGGAAGUUUUCAAACCUGUAUCCCGCUGGCAUGGAUAAUGACUAUCAGCAGUGCUCAGCUGUCCUUUGUGUUUAUUGCUAAGAAGUGUUCGCACAUUAAGGGACUAAACAAAAAUGGAAAGCAUGCCAAGUAUUAAGGACCACCAUGCACAUUGUCAAUCUGAGCAUCAGCAUUUCUAUCAAUUCUGCUUUAUGGAGCAGACUCAGUGACCUGACCUCUGCUCUCCUGGUUACCUGUGCAGCAUCUCCACUGACAACUGCUAAUAAGCCUGAGUUGAUGUCAAUUUUCCUAAAAGCUUCCUCCGCCUCAAAGCACUGACACUCUGCAAACAUAACUUUUUAUUGUUUACCAUCUUAAACUUCAUAAAACACCAUUUUAUUUGUGUAAUUAUUCAGUGACCAAAAACAGCUCAAUUCCAACAUUAGAAGUGUCUUAAAGCCUGUAACUAACUUUAAAUGUGUGUUUAAUAUCAAGUGAACCCUGCAAGAAUGUAUCAUGUAUCUCAGUAUUUUUGUGGUGUUCUGCUUUGUUUGAAUGUUUGACAAUAAAAAGGAUGGAAAAAUGUGA